GAGGAGGGGAGAACUGAUUUACUCUCUAGAGAAGGGAAGGGCAUGAGAGACAGAGCUGAAGAGGGCUGUUAGUGGCUGGAGUCUCCAGGGCUGCAUGAAGAGCACAAUACAGAGAAGGGGAGACGAGGCAUAGAGUGAAAGUAAAAACGAAAGAGGAUAUCUGAAAAGAGUGUGGAAAGUACCAGAAGGGCAGCACACGCCUCAAAGGGGACAGAGAGAGAGAGAGAGAGAGAGAGAGAGCGCGUGCGUGCGCGCGUGCGCGCGUGUAAGGGGUGCUCGUGACCAGGACAUAACUUCGCAGUUAGUCACACGCACAUGGAAAGCGGCUCUGAAUUUAUUGACAGUCAUUAAACUUUUACUCGCCAUAAAGUAGGACGUCAUCAAAAACAAAGCAUGAUGGGUAAAACUCAGCGGCUGGGCCGGUAGAAGCAUGUUACCGACAGUUUUCUUGCUUCUAUCGGUGUUCACUGUUCGAGGAAGCGCUUGCGAUGAGCUGAGGAGAGAAACAGUCAGCAAUCUGCAGGACUCCAUCAAGCAUGAAGAACAGUCCGGAUUUCCAAGUGUGUUUCCGAAAAACUACUACGUGCAGCAUCAUUUCAACGGCAGCACACAGUGUGAAGACUCGGUGAGGAAAUGUUUGUCUCACUGUGGUUUCUGCUUCGAUCACAGCAUUUGCUGUGUGUUCAGUGCAGCCUUCCUCCUGUCAGACUCCUGGAAGCAACUGCUGCAGCAUAUUGAACGGAUUCACUUGAAACAUGACUUAAUUGGUGAACUGAUCAUUACACUUGAUGCCAUUUGGACAGGGGGUUUCCAGGAAACACCAAAUACUUCUGGCUUCCCAUCUGUCCACUCCUCCCCUAGAGCUCUACUCACCAUCACGUCUGAUGUCCUUUCUAAAUGGCUGACCCUGAACUGCCCUGUUGGAACGUUCAGCUGCAUAUUCCCCUCUCCAGCCCCUCUGUUCACAGGCAAAAAAGAGAAGCAAGAGAAAGAACACAGCAUCACUGAUGGAGGACCGGCAUCAGAGUAUAGUAGGUGCCAAAGUGCCAACUCACAGCUCCAGGGUCCCAGCUUCAGUCCUGGACCUAGCAGACCGUCUGUGAAUAGUUCUCCCGUGCCCAAGGUGGUUUCCUUCAGCUUCUCCAGGUUCCUCCUACCUCCCAAAAAUAUCCAAAAUAUAUUUGUAUCCCGAUGA